AUGGAUAUAAAGCGCGAACCCUUUAAGACCAAAGACAGCAACCAGAUCGUGCGAGAAACCGGGGAGAAAAAGAAGAAAUCUGCGGCUCUAAGUUCUCGGGGAGUCGUCGCUGCUGCGGGGGUUAAUCCGGCAGAGAAAAGAGCUCCUGAAUCUGCCGACGGCCGCCGGAAUCCCAGUCCCUCCGCCGCGGCCCCCGCCGGCCCCUGUUUCUCGGAGCGGUGGGAAGGGCAGCUGGCGCGCAGCAUGCUCCGGAUGGAUAUGGAGAUCGAGCAGGAGUACGCCGUGGACAUCUUCACGUGGAUGAUGAAGGGCCAGUCUGGCAGCAUCUUUAGAUCCUUCGACAUCCCCAAAUCGGUGACCCCGGAGAUGCGGACCGUCCUGGUGGACUGGGUGGUCCAGGUGCAUGAGUACCUGGCGCUGGAGGAGGAGACUCUCUACCUCGCUGUUUACCUGAUGAAUUCCUACCUGAAAGUGCACAAGAUCCAGACCAACAAGCUGCAGCUUCUCGCCUCCAGCUGCCUCUACAUCGCCUGCAAGAUGGAGGAGCCUCUGAUUCCGGAGCCGGCCGAGCUCUGCUUCAUGAUGGAAGACGCCUUCACCAAGAAGGAGCUGCUGACGAUGGAGAAGAAGGUUCUGCACCGGCUGCGGUUUCAGCUGCAGUACUCGCAGCCGCUGCAUUUCCUGCGGCUCCUCGCCAUAGCUGCCAACUGCCCUGAGAAGGUUCUGUACAUCGCCAUGUACUUCAUGGAACUGACGCUCCUCGAGGCGGAAGGACUGACGAUCGAAGCGGCCCUCCUGGCCUCCGGGGCCCUUCGCCUGGCGCUGACAGUAUCCCCGGAACCCGGGCCCCCGAUGCCCGACGGAGUCUCCCCUCUCUACUCCUACAGCGAGGCUCAGCUGGUCGGCUGCCAGCAGCUCAUGGCCCGGUCGGCCCUCAGGGCCGAUCUCAAAUCGUCGUGGCAGAAGUAUUCACGACCGCAGAAGCUGGAAGUGAGCGCCGGGCCGGCGCUGACCCCGAAGAACCUCAUCCGCCACAUCGGGGCUCUGUCCACCCGCCUCUAA